UUCAAUCACUUUAUGAAAUCAUCAAGAAUUUUUCGAAAUGUAAGUAUUGAUUGGAUAUGAAUCAUCGUUGUAAAUUAGGAGAUUCUAAUGCUUCCAAAAAUUGAACCGUAAACAAAUAAAAAACAGUCGAUCAGGCCACACUAAUACGAGGCGUCUGUCAGAACGACAACACUACUACCGACUGUCUACAGCUAAGUUAUUGAUUUUCCAUAGCAUCAUUACAGCAGUGUUUCUGGUCGCGUUGCGUUUAUUUAUCAAUUUUUCCGAAAAUUUACCAAUUGUUUGUUCAUUUCAACCAAACUAAAUCAUUUGACGACUAUCGUAAUGAGUGACGUUAAGGCAUUUUUCCACGAAUGGUGUGGCAAACAGAAGUUGGAGCCAAUUUUUGAAACAAGACCCACUGGACCGAAGCAUCGUUUGCGAUUCUUGUGCGAAGCUCGAGUGAAUGGCGUUGCUUAUGUCGGUGCUGGAAAUUCGACGAAUAAAAAAGAUGCGGAGAAGAAUGCUGCCCGUGAUUUUAUCAACUUUCUAGUUCGAACUGGGCGAAUCGAAGCUAGCGAAGUGCCAGCUAAUGCAAUCGAACAAGGUGGAGCGUUGCCAGCUCGUGUCAUCGCUGAAAAUGUGCCCGUUUUUGAAUCUGGUCAAGGGCCUGAAGAUGUUGGUCAAGCCUAUCGUGGUAUGAAUCAUUCUGGCGGUGGUCAAAGUUUUGUUGACCGUGCUCAGCAAAAUGCUCAACAGCAAAUCAAAAUGGAAGAGGCUGAAUCAUUGGAUGUAAAUGCUUCCAUCCAUGGCAAUUGGACACUUGAAAAUGCAAAGGCCAAGCUCAAUCAGUUUAUGCAAAUGCAUAAAAUCCAAACUGACUAUAAAUAUACGGCCGUUGGGCCAGAUCAUUCGAGAAGCUACAUGGCUGAAAUGAAAUUCUUUGUGAAGCAACUGAAUCGUGCAAUCACCGGUCGAGAAACCGGCUCUAAUAAGCAGUCAGCGAGUCGUUCAUGUGCUCUGUCGUUGGUACGUCAACUGUUCCAUUUGGGUGUUAUCGAACCAUUCUCGGGAACAAUCAAAACUAAAUCAGCCGAGGAUCAAGUGCCAUCGUAUCCGGUGGCAAUUGCACCUGAUAUGGUGUCUCGCAUUGAGGAGUGCUUGCAGCAGCUUAAUAUCGUACCGAUCGAUUUGAAUAGAGCUCCAAUGAACGAUAACAAAGAAAUCAAUCUUUUGCUUCCAUCUGAAGAAAUAAAGCCCGAUCCGAAUCGUGUGCCACAAAUGUCGUCGGUGAUUUCUUGGUCGCCACCGCAACAAAAUUGGAACCCAUGGACAGCAUGCAAUAUCGACGAAGGAUAUUUGGCAACAGCCGAUUUGGACCAAUUGAGCGACGAUUUGUUGAAAGACUACCGUGAUCGCUGUCAAAACGAUAAUAUCCUUAUGGACAUGUUGGAAUUUCGACGUAAACUCCCUGUGUCCGAUCGUCGGAAUGACAUCAUGGAACUGGUCAACGAUAAACCGGUCAUUAUUAUUCGCGGUAACACCGGUUGUGGUAAAACCACGCAAAUUGCUCAAUUCAUUUUGGAAGAUUACAUCAAUUCGGGGCAGGGAGCCUAUUGUAAUAUUGCUGUGACACAACCGCGGCGUAUCAGCGCCAUCAGUGUGUCUGAACGUAUUGCAGCCGAACGAAAUGAAGCUAUUGGCGAAUCGGUUGGUUAUUCGGUGCGAUUUGAAACGCAAUUGCCGCGUCCAUUCGGCUCGAUUAUGUUCUGUACGAUUGGUGUGCUGUUGCGCAAACUCGAGUCUGGUCUUCGUGGUGUUUCGCACGUUAUCGUCGAUGAAAUUCACGAACGUGAUGUGAACAGCGACUUUUUGCUUGUCGUUUUGCGUGACAUGAUACACACAUAUCCAGAUCUUCGUGUGAUUCUGAUGUCGGCCACCAUCGAUACAUCACUUUUUUCUUCGUACUUUGGCAAUUGUCCAGUUAUUGAAAUCGAAGGCCGUGCUCAUCCAGUUGACCAAUACUUUUUGGAAGAUUGCAUUGAAUUGACACAAUUUGUACCGUCGCCCGAGAGUCGAAAACGCAAACGUGACGAAGAAUCGGAAAUGGGAUUGCCGGCUAAUGAUACCGAAGAAAAUCUGAAUAAAUGCGUUCGUGGCAAUUACUCGCAACAAACCAUUCAAACUAUGGCUCAGCUCAACGAAUCCGAAGUCAAUUUCGAAUUGAUUGAAUCAUUGCUGUUGUACAUUAGAAACAAGAAUGUUCCCGGCGCAGUGCUUGUCUUUUUACCCGGAUGGAAUUUAAUUUUUGCUCUCAUGAAACACUUGCAAAACAGCAAAGAUUUCUCGGGCCCGAACUAUGUUAUUUUGCCGUGUCAUUCACAAGUGCCACGUGAAGACCAACGCAAGGUAUUUGCUCCCGUUCCACCAGGAGUGCGAAAAAUCAUUCUGUCGACCAACAUUGCCGAAACAUCAAUCACUAUCGAUGACAUCGUUUAUGUGAUUGACAUUUGCAAGGCGCGAAUUAAGCUAUUCACAUCACACAAUAACAUGACGAGCUACGCAACCGUUUGGGCAAGUCGCACCAAUUUGGAGCAGAGAAAAGGUCGUGCUGGUCGUGUGAGACCGGGUAUUUGCUUCACGCUAUGCUCAAAAGCAAGAUUUGAAAACUUGGAAGAACACUUGACACCCGAAAUGUUCCGAACGCCAUUGCAUGAGUUGGCUCUCAGUAUCAAGCUCUUAAGACUGGGUGAAAUUGAGAAGUUUUUGUCGAAAGCCAUUGAACCACCACCGCUCGAUGCCGUCAUUGAAGCUGAAGUUGUGCUUCGUGAAUUGAAGUGUUUGGAUCCGCAAGACAAUCUCACGCCACUCGGACGUAUUUUGGCACGUCUACCAAUCGAACCACGGCUGGGCAAAAUGAUGGUAUUGGGAUGUGUGUUUGGAGUUGGUGACACAUUGUCAUCGCUCGCCGCAUACUCCAGUACAUUUUCGGAGAUUUUUACCUUAGAAUUGGGACAACGUCGUUUGAGUAACCAUCAAAAAGCAUUGGGUGGUCGUCGUUUUUCCGAUCACAUAGCCAUGAUGGUCGCAUUUGACAUGUGGCAAAAUGCUCGCUACAAAGGUGAAGAUGAAGAGAUUCGCUUCUGCGAAUGGAAAGGACUACAAUUACCAACGAUGCGUGUAUUGUAUGAGGCUAAGCGUCAAUUGAUCGAUUUAUUGAUGCAAACCGGUUUCCCAGAGGAUUGUUUGAUCAAAGCGCGUAUCGACCAGAAUAAUCCAGACCCAACACUGGAUUUAGCCAUUGGAUUGUUGUGCACUGGAUUGUAUCCAAAUGUGUGCUAUCACAAGGAAAAGCGCAAAGUACUAACAACCGAAUCGAAGGCGGCGCUCAUUCACAAAACAUCGGUCAAUUGCAGUAAUCUUCAAGUGAAAUUCCCAUAUCCGUUCUUCAUAUUCGGUGAAAAGAUCCGAACUCGUGCCGUUUCAUGCAAACAAAUGACAAUGGUUGCCCCAUUGCAUUUGCUAUUGUUUGGAUCACGUAAAGUGGAUGCCGUUGACGAGAAAACCGUUCGACUGGACAAUUGGUUGAACUUUGAAAUGGACCCAUACCAUGCAUCACUUAUUACUGCUCUCCGUCCGGCCAUUGAGAAUCUCAUCAUUUCUACGUCCGAAUCGCCCGACGAUGUGCUAAACCUCGAACCAAGUAUAGCGAAUUUGGUCUCUGUUGUAAAAGAGUUGUGUGUUCUGGAGACGGGUGACUAUGAAAUUACUCGCGAAACAGGGACAUCACCGCAAGAUGGCAGAGCCGGUAUGCCACGUCUCUUCGGGGCAGGUGGCAAUUCAUUUUCGGGAGGUCCAAAUAAACGUCCAUAUGGCGGAAGUGGCUUUCAAGGUGGUGGUUUCAACCAAGGUGGUGGUUUCAACCAAGGUGGUGGUUUCAACCAAGGUGGUGGCUUCAAUAGCCAAGGCUCAAGCGGUGGUGGUGAUAAUCGCGGCUUCGGCAGUGGCAACCGUUUCGGUGGCGGUGGAUUCAAUCGCGGAGGAGGUUUCAACCGAGGAAGAGGCGGUUAUGGAAAUCGUCGUUUCUAAAAAAUAUGCGUGCAGUUUGAGAUUUGCAUUGAAUUGAACUUUUUUUCUUAUAGAUUUUUUAAGCUAAAUUCUUUCGUAUAUCAGAACCAAAAACAGAAUAUGACUGUCUUAAUAUCCAUCUUAAUAUCCGUAAAAAUGUAGUAGAAAACUAGGAAAUGGCAUUUUGUCACUAUCAAAUAAACAUAUAUUGUUAACGUACGCUUUCAUUUUA